UUGAGCCGCAUGGUUACAGCACGGCUGUACAGACCUCGCUACAGUUCAUACAUGGAAUAUAUUAUUCAUUAAACAUACAGAUAUUUAAGUUGGGUAAAAAUGGCACAUCUUCAGGCGAGGUUUUUCACUGAGAACAAAAAGUUUGUUGUAGAUGAUGUACCUUUCUCCAUCCCGGCUUCUUCAGAGGUCACACACCUGAGCGAUGUAAUCAACAAAUUGCUAGAGGCUCGAAAGCCGGAUCACAAACAUGUGGAGUUUGACUUUCUGGUCCGAGGCCAGUUCCUUCGCUCCUCUCUGGCCAGUCACAUGGAAGCAGAAAGUAUCUCAACGGAAGAAGUGGUGGAGAUUGAGUAUGUAGAGAAGUUUACAGCUCCACAGCCAGAGGAAUGCAUUAUGCACGAUGACUGGAUCAGUUCAGUGGAGGCAGACUCUGAAUGGAUCCUCACAGGUUCAUAUGAUAAGACAGCACGGAUAUGGUCUCUUGAAGGAAAGUCGAUGAUAACUAUAGCUGGGCACACAGAUGUUGUUAAGGAUGUGGCCUGGGUAAAAAGAGACGGGCUGAAUUCACUGCUGCUGACUGCCUCACUGGAUCAGACUGUGUUGCUGUGGGAGUGGAACUCAGAGAAAAACAAAGUGAAGGCGCGUCAUUGCUGCCGUGGUCAUGCUGGGAGCGUGGACACUAUCUCUGUCGACCCCACACGUACUAAGUUUUGCAGCGGCUCAUGGGACAAAAUGCUGAAGAUCUGGUCAGCAGUUCCCACAGAUGAGGAGGAUGAGGUGGAGGAACCCAACAGGCCACGGAAAAAGCAGAGGACUGAGCAGUUAGGCCUGACCAAGACUCCUCUGAUGACUCUGUCAGGCCACAGUGAGGCUGUGUCCAGUGUGCUUUGGACUGAUACAGAGGAGCUGUGCAGUGCAUCCUGGGAUCACACCAUUCGACUGUGGGAUGCUGAGACAGGCGGGCAAAAGAGUACACUGACGGGUAGUAAGGUGUUUAACUGUGUCUCUUACUCACCGCUGUGUCACCGUCUGGCCUCAGGAAGCACAGAUAGACACGUUCGGCUGUGGGACCCGCGCUCGAAAGAUGGCUCGUUGGUUCUCCUGUCCCUGACGUCACACACUGGCUGGGUGACGACGGUCAGAUGGUCUCCUUUACACAAACAUCAGCUGGUCUCCGGCUCCCUGGACAACAUAGUGAAACUCUGGGACACCAGGAGUUGUAAGGCUCCUCUGUAUGACCUGGCAGCUCAUGAAGACAAAGUGCUGUGUGUUGAUUGGACAGACAGCCAGUUGAUUUUGAGUGGAGGUGCAGACAACAAGCUUUACACCUACAGAUACUCAGCGUGUGCAUCUGAUGCUGGAGCAUAAUAAUCACAUCUUACCAACGUCAUUUUGCUCCAUAUUACCCCUCAGUGGACCCGGCUGUGUUGUGGAUUUUCAAAAAUAUGGAAAAACAUCUACUGCAUUCUCUGAGCAGGACUAAAUAAAGAGAGCGAAUGUUCGAGGGAUUAAGACAGAAAAGUGUUUUAUUUUAUAUAUAUUUUGAUUUUUCACAUUUUGAUCCACUUUUCCUUUUUGUUCAUUUAUGUUUCACAUCUUACAUUUUAAUUAAAUGUAAAAAGACAUCAGCUAAUAAUUACAAUUAUAUUGCUAUAUCAAA